AUGACGCGGACCGAUGCGUUCAUGAAAAAUCAGGAGCAAAUUAAUAAAAAUAACGAACUACAGUUCAAGAAUCAGCAGGCCGCCCUCCUCGAUCUUCAGAGGACAGUAGGCGGGCUUGCUAAGCAGUUACAGGAGCACCCACCGGGUCAGUUUUCGGGAAACACUUUCCCGAAUCCCGCGAAUCAGUCAGCGAAGGCGAUUACGACUCGUAGUGGGAAGAGUUUGGGAGAGGUUGUGAGAGAAGAAGUUGAGGAUGAGAGAGAGGAUGAAGUCGAUGAGGAGAUCGAGAUGGAGGCUCCAGGCAAGGUGCACACGAGGCUAGCCCCAGCAAGUAUCGCACACGCCGAGGAGUCGCCAGUAGAGAAGAGAGUGGAGAAGCAGCCGACGAGGGGUCGGCCGACACCGGUGAUUGAUUAUUCUCGCCUUCCGUUUCCCGCCCGUGCCAGGCAGCAGAAAUAUGCUCAGGAGUACGGGAAAUUCCUCGAGAUGUUUACUCAGUUGAAGAUAAAUCUUCCGUUCAUCGAGGCGCUUCAGUCUAUGCCUAAGUACGCGAAAUUCCUUAAAGAUCUUUUGAAGCGUAAGGAGAGAAUCGGUGAGCUUUCGAAUAUUCCAUUGACAGGAGGUUGUUCUGCGGUAGUCUUGAAUAAGCUACCAGAGAAGUUGACCGACCCUGGCACAUUCACGAUUCCAUGUUUCUUUGGGGGAGCCGUUACCCCUUCUCAUGCCUUAGCCGAUUUAGGGGCCAGCAUCAAUCUGAUGCCAUUCUCGUUGUAUGAGCGACUUGGUCUAGGAGAGCUUACACCCACGCGCAUGUCAUUGUCCUUGGCUGACCGAUCAGUCAAGUAUCCUCGUGGGAUAGUAGAGAAUUUGUUGGUGAAGGUCGAUAGGUUUGUGUUCCCAGUAGAUUUCGUUGUGCUCGACAUGGAGGCCGAUGAGAGAGUUCCUAUUAUUCUAGGCCGUCCAUUCCUUCGAACCGCAAAGGCGAUCAUCGACGUCUUUGACGGUAAGAUUUCUCUUCGUGCGGGUGAUGAGAUUGUCACAUUCGAGAUUGACAGAGCGAUGCAGCAUCCUAGCGGCCGUGAUGAUGAUGUUGGGCCGUGUCAUUCCGUUUACUUUCUCAAUUCAUUCAUAUCUUGCGUCGACACGUGUCUUGAGUACAUUAGUGGAGCUGAUUUAGUAGGCGAGGGAGUUGUUGACGAGCAUUCUGAGGAUGAGGUAGAUGAGCUCGAUGCGAUUAGUGAUGAGAGUACUCCCGUAGAGAUUCCACCGCCUUUAGAACUUAAGGUUCUUCCUUCACAUCUCGAGUACGCGUUUCUAGGAGAGAAGCCGAGUAUGCCUGUCAUCAUUUCUUCAAAGUUGACAGAGGAGGAGAAGGCGAGGUUGAUUGAGGUGCUUAGAAAGUACAGUGAUGCGAUUGCAUGGAGGCUAUCCGAUAUCAAGGGCAUCAGCCCUACCUUUUGCACGCAUCGCAUUCUGAUGGAGGAUGUUUUCAAGCCUGUAGUGCAGCCGCAGCGUCGGUUGAAUCCGAAUAUGCAGGAGGUAGUGAAGAAGGAGGUGAUGAAGCUUUUAGAGUCUGGUUUGAUCUAUCCUAUUUCUGAUUCAGCUUGGGAUAUGGUCGAGAGUUCGAUGGAGGUGUUUAUGGACGAUUUCUCAGUGUAUGGUAGUUCUUUCAAUCAGUGCUUGAUGAAUCUUGAGAGGAUGUUGAAGAGAUGUGUGGAGACGAAGUUGAUGCUGAACUGGGAGAAGUGUCACUUCAUGGUGACUGAGGGGAUUGUGCUAGGGCACAAGAUUUCGCGAGCAGGUAUUGAGGUUGAUAGAGCGAAGAUUGACACGAUUAGCCAGCUCCCUCCGCCAACUAGUGUGAAGUCGGUUCGUAGUUUUCUCGGUCAUGCGGGAUUUUAUAGGCGCUUCAUUAGGGAUUUCUCCAAAAUCACUCGCCCCAUGACGCGAUUGUUGGAGAAGGACGUUCCUUUCAUCUUUGACGAGGAGUGCCUUCAUGAGUUUGAGUUUCUGAAGGAGAAGUUAGUGAGUGCACCGAUCCUCGUGUCGCCUGAUUGGAGCUUACCAUUCGAGUUGACGUGCGAUGCGAGUGACUACGCAGUUGGUGCGGUGUUAGGGCAGAGACGGGAGAAGCAUUUUCACCCGAUUUACUACGCGAGUAAAACGCUGAAUGAUGCCCAGGAGAAUUACACCACCACGGAGAAGGAGUUGUUGGCGGUGGUGUUCGCGUUUGAUAAAUUCCGAUCAUAUCUCGUUCUUUCGAAAACCGUCGUGUUCACUGAUCAUUCUGCUCUGCGUCACUUGUUUCAGAAGAAGGACGCGAAGCCGCGUCUCAUACGAUGGAUUCUGCUUCUUUCCGAGUUCGACAUUGAAAUUAAGGAUAAGAAGGGGGCAGAGAAUGUGGCGGCGGACCACUUGUCCCGCUUAGAGGAUCCGAAGCGAGAGGAGAUUCGUGAGGAGGCGAUAGGAGAUAGAUUCCCUCACGAGUCUAUUGACGCUGUCACGGCAGGAGCCGUGGACCUCCCGUGGUAUAGCGAUAUAGCCAAUUAUUUGGCCGACGGGUUUGUGAUGGAGAGUUUGAGUGCGCAGCAGACGUGGAAGCUGACGAGGGACGCUAGGAAGUACAUCUGGGACGAUCCCUAUCUCUUCAGGAUAGGCGGUGAUCGAGUUUUGAGGAGAUGUGUUAGUAGAGAAGAAGGUGCGGGGAUCCUGAGGCACGUGCAUGAGGGAUUGACUGGAGGACACCAUGGUGCGCAUGUGACCGCACAGAAUUUGAUUGUGGUUUCUAUUGGCCGACAGUAG